AGGCGGCCCGGCCGCCCUCGUCCCACAUCCAACCUGCUCCGUCCGGCAAAACGGGCUCCGUAGCGAAAGGUUCCGCCUCAUCCUGGACAACAAAAAGGUUCCGCGGGAGAUGGAUCGUAUGAGUGGGAGGCUGCGGCUUAGAUUCAAAUAGGCAUAUUUUGGAAUAGACAUAAGAGAAAAGUCUCGCGCUAGGACCGAGCGGAGGUCCCUUCCUGCUGCUCUCCAGGCAAACAACGAGGAAAGCUGUCUGUCGCGUUUUUUUUGCAAUCGCUGCUUCGCUUUUCUUGUUUGGGCCUGCUGAGUUGCUGUUGCCAGUGCUCUCCUCGCCUCACUCUUGCUUCAAGGAAGCGGACCCUGCAUAGAGUUGCUCGUCUGGCAGUGCCAGGUUUAAAGAUGGCGGCCCCCAUACGGACGCUGGCCUCAGGACUUCUCUGUGUGUUGCAAAACACAGCUGCUGUUCCAGUGCGAACUUUGUCCAGGUCUGCUUCCUUGGUCCAGAAGACUCCCCGGUCUUUGUGGAAACUCGGUCGGCUCAACCACGUGGCGAUUGCGGUGCCCAGUUUGGAAGAAGCCACAUCUUUGUACAGGGACGUGUUAGGUGCUCAAGUGAGUGAAAUGGUUCCCCUUCCUGAGCAUGGGGUCUGCACAGUCUUUGUGGACCUGGGCAACACAAAGCUGGAGCUUCUGCACCCACUGGGGGAGAAAAGCCCAAUCGCUGGUUUUCUGCAGAAAAACAAGGCAGGAGGAAUGCACCAUAUCUGCAUCGAGGUGGACAGUAUUGAAGACGCCAUUGCCGAACUGAAGAAGAAGAAGGUUCGUGUAUUGAGCGAAAAGCCCCAAAUAGGUGCCCAUGGGAAGCUGGUGGUUUUUCUCCAUCCUAAGGACUGCAACGGAGUCCUGGUGGAACUUGAGCAAGCUUAAGCUGUGAACUUAAUGGUGGGAACAAUAAAUUAAUGCCCAUACUUAUGGGGGUGGGGUGGGGAGCAUUUUCUGUGUUCAAAAAUUACAUCAUCUGAUUUACUUGUUGGAAGUUUUUUUUUUUAAAUGAGGAGCAUUAACGAUGAUGUCAUUUCCCAUAAGAAGGAAAAUGUAAAUCUUGAAUUACCAUUAAUUAUAUAUAUAUUUGUCUAGAUCUGGGAAGGUGCAUUUUGGUCAUUUGAACUUCACUAAAAUAAAUUUUGCUUUUGGCUGGCUUAGAAUUCCUUUGCACAGUAAGCUGGGUGCAUAUAAAGGUAUUUUUUCCCAUUGCCUCACAGCUCCUGGGCAUAAUUUUGCAUCCAUUUAGUAGAUUUCUAGGUCAUCCCCCAUCACUCCAUCUGUGAGCGAGAAAUGAUGCCAAGGAGAGGAGUAUGGUUUUUUUUAGUAAUCACUCCAGUAUUCCCUUAAGAAAAUAGCCAGCAAGGAAUCAUCUUGUUUUCUGUAUUCAUCAUUCUAAGGACUCUCUGAGAAUCCCUUUGAUUGGUUCACUCAAUAAUAAGAUGCUUGUGGUCUUGUACAGGUCCCCAUUAUUGCUAAGCAACUCUUCCUCCCCCUUCCCUCUAUAACAAUUGUCAAUAAGCCCUUUAUCUACAACCUGCCAUUUUGUUGGUCUUAAAAAAUAUACAUAUGUGUAAAAGAGGAAUUUGGACAUCUUUUGAUUACCAAUAUUUAAUGUCACUUGAUUGUCAGUACCACCUGCAUAAUGUAUAGUAGUUUAUAUGCUUUUACAUUAUUACUGAUAAGUAAUUAAAAAAAUGUUGAUUUUGUUUGUUU